UCUAACGUUCGUUGGGAUUCACAGGUUUAUUACACACAGGCGCCACUGAGAGUAAAUUUGCUGCCAUUAUUUUUAUUUGUUGAUUUCAUGGCUUUGCAUCGUGUGCUGGAUUACCAAGCUGCAAGGAUCAUCGCUGAGUUUAUUUUCUGAUGAGAAUGACAGUGAGAUUGUUUGGAUUAUCUGUCAUCUCCUUUGCGAGUGAGAGUUCGAUCAUCUGGUGUGGAUAUUUUCGCACUCAUUCGAAUCUAGCUGAUUGUGCGACAUGCUCUCGAAUCACCAAUUCUGUUCUUGUGUCAAGAUCGCCGUUUAUUCAAGCAAAAAGAAACGGUUGAACAGCGAUAUGUAAUGAAAACUAUGGAAGUCUUAAUUUGUUAAUCGUUUGCCAUGUCAGCUUCAAUAAGGAACGUAGAAUUACAUAGGGCUUCGGGGGGAUAUGGAUUCACCCUUUCAAGCCAAGGGCCGUGUGUUUUGAGCUGUAUUCUUGCGAGCAGCCCUGCUCACAAGGCCGGACUUAAGCCUGGAGAUCAAAUAUUGUACGUGAAUGGGAGUUCUGUUGAAAGACAUCCACAUGAGCAAGUCGUAAAGCUGAUAGCCCGCUCGCCAGACGGACGAGUCAACCUCGGAGUGCGAAAUCGUGUGGUGGCUGAAACAAAACCAGCAACCGCAGCCUUACAAAGCCAUGAAACCGCCGACGAUGUUGCAGUGAAUAAUGCAAUAAUAAACCGAGUCGAUAAAGUGGUCGAGGAAUUGAGAUCCGGCCAGUUACUUGUGAACACACCAGUAGCAAUUCGUCGCAGUUUGUCUAGCACUACCGAUGGUGUUACGAGCAUCAGCGAAGACGACAUUGCCAGCGACGAGGAACUGAAAGCGAGUUUUAAUGAAAACGUUUUUAUAGAUAGCCCAUCAGAUAGUGUUUUCUCUGAACAACAUUUCUUUGACAACAAUUCAAGGAGAUCCAGUGAAGCUGAGAUAACACCUACCAAACUAAACCGCGAGUUGUAUCCGGCUCUCACUCCUACUAAAAGUGCCCCUGAUAUGUGCACUGAUACCCGAACGGAACCCGAUUACAAAGCUGUUGUUGGAUAUCUGGGCUCCAUCGAGCUCCCUUCGAAUUCAAGUCUUCAAAAUGCAAGUUUAAACGCUAUUAGAGGUUGUGUUCGCCGUCUUCGAGCCCAGCAAAAGGUUCACUUAAUGUUCGUGCUGGAAGUGUCAGUUGUCGGUGUUUUAUUAGUUGACAGUAGUGGCAACAUUGUCGUUACAUAUCCAGUCCGCUCACUAGCAUUUACGGGCCUCUGUUCCGAUGAUAAUAAAGUAUUUGGCAUUGUGACGCGCAAAUCUGCUGAUGCUAAUAGGCCCAGCAGCUGGCAUAGUAGCAAAGGGAUGGUGGAUUCACAGAGCACGGUAAACUGCUCAUGUCAUGUAUUCUCAGUAGACAGUGACCUUGUUCCUCAUGAGGUGCAUAAAACUACUGCUGAGAAAUUUCAUGUCAAGUGUACGGAAGGAUCUGGCGAUAGUUUAUGUAGGGAAUUCCAAAACACAGCUUUGCCUAUUCUUAAUGCAAUAUCUGGUUUAUUCAAGGAAAGGGCAGCUUCAGAGCCAUACUUGGAUGAGAUGAGACCUCGUUCGAGAUCUAUCCCCUCUGCUCCCUAUUCUGUUGACCAGUCAGUAAAAAGUAAAUCUUCUUGUGGUGACCAGUAUACCUGUAGUUUUGAUGGUAAUUUAAAUGCCAUAGCAGUUAACAAGAAUGUGUCAAGAUCAAAGCCUAAUAUUAGGGUAAAGAUAUCUGACAGCAUUGAAGACUCUUUUAUUCAUGAGCGGUCAAUGUCAGAUCCUGCAUUGUAUGAUGAACCAUUCCGACGAAGAUCGGUCCAGAUCCAAAGAGUUUCACCAUUGCUGUCUAGGAAAGAAUCUUAUGGAAGUUCCUAUGACAACCUUAAAGAAAAUUCCAAUGAUGGAAAGCUAAUUGAGAAGGAUAAUUACAAGAGAGCUGUUACAAGCUCACAGCAAGCUAAAGUUAGCACUCCUGCUAUUGAUGUGCUUGCGUGUAAUACAAACGGCCAUGUGGUGUCAACCACAUCAUCCCCCGAAAGUCUAGGUGACUCACUAAUGUCACAGAGCUCAAGUCACAGUUACCAGUCAGAAAUGAGUCACAAGGAUGCCUAUGAUAAAACAUUUGACAUUAUGGAAUUGGAAAAUUGCUUAUCAGUUGAGUCCUUGGAUCAUGCUGGAAAUGGCCCUGGCAAGCCUAUGGAUCAUUUAAGCCCAAGUAGGACCUCAAGCACUCAAAGUCUUCAUAGUGUUAAUAGCAUGUCUAAUGAAACAGUUGAGGGCCGUGUCUCUCGAUGGGCGCUGGGAUUUGAUAAGCUUAUGGAUGAUCAAGCUGGCCUGCACUGCUUUGAAGAAUUUCUGAAAAAAGAAUUUAGUGAAGAGAACAUUGUAUUCUGGAUUGCGUGUGAGGAGUUCAGAUCAAUAUCUGACCCAAAGAAGUUAAAGUCUGCAGCUUCUACAAUCUUUGAAACCCACCUCAGUCCGAAUGCACUGAUGCCAGUGAAUAUUGAUAGCUCAGCUGUUAAAGUUGCUGAGGAACAUCUAUUGAAUCCCACAAAUCACAUGUACAGAGUGCCACAGCAACAGGUCUACACACUGAUGAAGUUUGACAGUUACCCAAGAUUCCUGAAGUCAGACCUUUACCGUCAAUGUCUGAUGUGUGAGGCAGAGGGCGUGGCCCUGCCUUACGAGGAACCAGAACCAGAGGAGAAAGUGAAAAAGUUCAGAUUCACAAAAAAGAUAUUCAAUUUCACUCCAUCAUCAGAAGAGUCUAUAUCUGAGUACUCCAGUGGUAGUAGUCGGAGCAGCUUCAGUCUUGAAGCAAAGCACUCUGGUAGAGGCUUGGGAAGACGGAGCAGCAGUAAAAAGAGCUCCAGCUCAAUGGAGGAGAGCAAAACACCAGGGGAGAAGAUGAGGGCUCUUCUGCCUUGGAAAGGAAAGUAUGCAAGGAAAGGUUCUCGGCCGUUUGACAGCCAGCCUAGCAGUGCUAGGAGCUCAAUAUCAUCACUUUCUGACUCCGGACAAAAUAUGAGCCGGUCGACAGAGUCAUUAGAGGGAAAGAAAGAGAACGACUCGAUGCACUUCUGUCGUAUUGUGCUGCCGGACCAGUCGUCAACAAUAGUGUCUGCCAGACAUGGGCAGACGCUAGCUGAGGCAUUGACGCGCUUGUGUGAGCGCCGCCACAUGUCGCUAGCCGCUAUGGGGGUCUAUCUCGGCGCAAGUAACAAGCCUGCUCAGCCCAAAGACCUAGACAUAGACAUGUCACAUCUCAGCAACCAAGAGGUGACCCUGGAGCACAGGUCUCUUUUCAGGUUAGAGCUGCCAGGCGGACAAAUCCUUGGUAUCAAAGCCAGACCAGAACAGAACGUGCGCAGUUGCUUCGAACCAAUUCUGAAGCGGAACAAGAUUGACUAUAAUGACGUCAUCUUGCAUGUGGCUGAUUGUAAGGUCCCACUGGACAGCGGUGUUCCCGUGGCGUCGAUAGAACACCAAGACGUCAUCGCGGAAAUGAAAGAAGAUACACGCGUCACCGGGAAACCCCCUAUCAGCACGGGCCCGCGGCGAAGUGGUCGGAGGGGCAGCGGCUGGGACGACUCCAUGUUUAAUGAUAUCGUGCAGGGGAAAAAGCAGUCGCUAGGCGACGGUUACUUUGACGACACUGGUGUAUGGGUUUCCGGAUUGAAACCGUUUCGCAGCCAGGAGUCGCUAGGGGAUAGCUUUGGUAAGAGCUUUCUGCGAGGGCCUGGGCUGUUCAGCCGUAAGCGGAAAGAGAUGGAGCAUGAGAAAGCUGUGGUGAUCAGAUCCGGACCACCCCCGAAAAACACCGAAGUCAAAGAAUUUAUAGACCUGCUCAGUCGCGCUCAAGGCAAGCGUCUAGAUGACCAAAGGGGUUCACUUAAUCGAGACGCAUUCGAGCUUCCAGACUUCCUCCGUCUACCUAACAAAGGCGAGGGCAUCUCAUCCGCUGAGGCAGAUGAAGGCGUGGCAAGUCAUAACCCCUCUCGGCCUGUCGUGCGCAAGACCAUAUCGUCACCUGCUGUCAUGGCAACCGACCAGAGGCAAUUCCUUAACGAGCUGACGUCUCGACUGACAAACAGGUCCGAGCAAAACCCGCCAACGAUCACCGAAAACGAGGACCAGGUAGACGCGCAACAUAGCACUGCGUCGCCAAGGAACACUAGUAACUACUCCCCUUGGGAGCGACGGCGAGUUAGCGAGCAUAGCAGGAUCCACGUGGUUCGUCCUCGAGAUGUGACCGAUGGAAAGUUGUUCAGGGUUGAGGCGGUAACUCCUGUUCGCUUCAAGAGCGAUGGUCGUUUUAGCUAUCGCGGGUUUAUGUCGCCUCAGCUGAUACACUCGGAGAGCGAUCCGAAUAUCGUGCCGCCAUAUGACCAUCACCAACCACUGACUGUCAACAGCAUACGUGGGCUCUACACGUCCACUGGCAAUAUCAGGAUGUCUACCGAGGAGGGGAGGGAGCGUACAGUGGUGCCCUCAAAAUUUCAUAGCCACAAUAAGUACAGAAAUCGGAAUUUUUCAGCCCCAAGUUUUGGGACGUCGCGAACGGACCCAUAUGUGUACGAAUCUUCUUCGGAUGGAGUGCAGAGUAUUUCCGAGAAAUACCGAAGUUCUGGCAAAAUCCGAGACAUUUCUAGCAUUGCGAGGGAGACUCGUUCACGAGGUCCAUAUUACUUACCGGAAGUAGAAGUAGAUCAAGCGGAAGUGCAUGUUCCAUCUGGCACUUCAAAGACUCCCCGAUACCGGCCUACUCUGCCGGACCGGAAACCCCGACCCCGACCAAUCACCGAUCAAUCGUCAGUCAUUGCAGGGCUCGAGAGGGACCGGGCCCGAUCCGAAUCCGAAUCAUCUACCGGUGACCCUCCCAUGCCGAAUGCACUGUCGCCAACCCCGUCGGGCUUAAGCAGUACCACCGGAAGUCCCCUACCCCAGUUCCCAAGCCCUCCCGAUGAUAGUGCUGAUUUAGGCGUUGCGGACUUUCCCCCUCCUACCCCACUUAUCUCUGGGAGAUCAACAGGGGAAAAAGCCCAGCAUAGGAGGGUGACGAGUCUGCAGGCUGACUCACUCACCCCGGAACUUAGCAUUAACAAGACAAUCACACCCACUUCCGGCAACGACCGCACCUUAACGAGCGACACCCCAGAUGAUGCCACUCCCGUCGCCUCCAAGAAACAUUCCAUUAAUGACGUCACAACCAGACUCAACUCCAGGCUCCACGAGGGCGAAAGAGGAGAGCUUGGCAAGAGUAUGUCCAAGCUUGAUCCUUAUGUCACCUACGAAACCGAUGACUUGAGAAUCACGUUUGUGUAACAAAAGCGUCUACAAGGUAGAGAAUGGCGCAGUACGUACCGCCCCUCUAUAAUCUGCAAUCCAUGGGAAAUUUUAAGUGUUAGAGAUUUUUUUUAACUAGUGUAAACAGCGCUAGCACCGUAUAAAUUUGCCGUAGCAGUACCGCUCGGCUAACCAUAAAUACAAAAUAAGUAUAAGCACACGGGCACCCGUAGUAUAUUUUUUUCGACAAUGCUUGCGCAGGUGUAACGUUCUUGUUGCCCGCUUUGUUCCAUAAGCCUUAUUAUCGGGAGCUGUUACACUGCAAUCUGCUGGGAUUUUGCCUGGCGUUAAUAUGUUGAAUUGUACUGUUUGCGUUUGGACGGAUUAAGAGCAGAGCUCGUUAUGUUUGAGUUUUAUAAUCACAUAGUGAUAUUAAAUAUUUUUUUAGAGUUCUAUUGGCGGAUUUUAAAUACUGUUAUUUUCUCAUUAACUUGAUUAUCGAAUGAAUAUUUAUAUUUUUUUUAGUAUAUAGGUGUAUAAAUUCAAUAUAGAAAUUAUGUAUACCCAUUCUGAAAAGAAUGAUAAUCUAAUGUAUAUAUCAAACUGUAAAUAAAUAUUAUCAAUGAUA